ACUCGAUUCGAGUCGGUCGAACCAAGUCGAACGAGCUCACAAAUCAACAACAAAACAAAAAAAAGAGACAACCCACGCCGCAACGCAACAAAUAAACAAAAACGUUGAAACUGUAGAAGGGAGCGCCAAGCUUGGCUUUUUAUAUCGUAUUUUCGUAUUGUUGUGUUGAUAUUGUGUAAAGUUGGUUUAGAUUUUUCUACUUUUGUUGUGUUUUGAAAAGUUUUGUGACUAUGGGGUGUACUCAAAGUGAAAUCGCCCCUCAAAAUGAAACACCAAGAAAAGGUUGCACAGAUGUUCUGUGGCUUAUAAUUUAUAUAGUAUUUUGGAUCCUAAUGAUAAUUGUUGCUGCAAUAUCCUUUGUGUAUGGUAACCCUCAGAGGCUUAUAAAUGGAUUUGAUUCUUUCGGCAAUACUUGUGGAGUAAAAAGUAACCAGAAGUUGAUUAAAUUCCCAUUAGCAGGCAUUAACACAGUUGAUAAGAAGUUUUUGUUCUUCAUGGAUGUGAAGGAAUUAAGGAGUUCCUUAAAGAUUUGUGUAAAAGAAUGUCCUAAUCGAAAGUUAGAAUCUCUUGCAGACAUCCAGAACUUUUAUAGAGAAACUGGGUCAAAUCUUUGUAGAUAUGACAUCAACCCUAAUAAUGUGACUUCUACUAAAGACCUGCACCAUUACAUUGGCCCAUGCCCAACACUGCCGGUAUAUGACUCAUUUCCACUUUUGAAUAGAUGUUUUCCAAAAUCAGCCAAGGAUGUAGCAGAACGGGUUGUUAAAGACUUUUAUGACCUUCUAAAUAGUUGGGACACAAUUGAACAAAUGCUAUCAGAUCUUUACUCUUCAUGGAAGGAAAUGAUAAUAUGUGUUAUCAUAGCAUUCAUAUGCUCGCUUCUCAUGGUAUCAAUCCUCCACCUCUUGGCUACGUUGGUAUCCUGGAUAUUUAUGAUAAUAGUGUCCAUAGCGAGUGUCGCGGGCACGGCGUUACUCUGGUACACGUAUUAUGAGCUGAAGCAUAAACAAAAGAGUUUCGCGGACCAAGUUGCAUUUUUGGAUGAAUCCUUGAAGAAUGAAAAGGCCUUUUUAUGGUAUGCCAUUAUAGCUACUAUUAUAACGGUGAUUCUCCUAAUAUUAGUGUGGGUGAUGCGAUCGCGUGUGUCCUUCUUGGCGGCUUUAUUCAAAGAGACUGCCCACUGCCUCGGCUCCAUUCCCGCUCUUUUCCUUCAGCCCAUCAUUACAUUCUUCUUCCUCGUAUUGUUCUUUACAUUUUGGUCGUUUGUUGUGGUGUGCCUAGCGACGGCAAACUACCCGGGCAUUCCUUACCGAACUAAUUUCUUCAUCAACGGAUCAGUCCUGCCGGACCGCGUGGACACGGCCGCGAUAGAAGCGCAAGGCAUCAACAAGAGCGCAAGCCUGAAGAACUUUACUCUGGAAAACAUCGAGUUUGACCCGCUGUGGGUUAAAAGCAUGUGGUGGAUGUGCCUCAUUUGCCUGGUGUGGGGCAGCGAGUUCAUUCUCGGCUGUCAGCAAAUGACCAUCGCAGGCGCAGUGUCACAUUGGUAUUUCAGAGGUCCGAAUGCGCAUUCUCCAGUUUUAUACUCAAUUGGGAAACUCCUGAAAUAUCAUUUAGGUUCCGUUGCAAAGGGAUCAUUUUUGAUCACGCUUUUUAAAAUUCCUCGACUCAUCCUCACUUAUUUACAUGCUAAGUUAUCAGCCAGCGCUGAAAAAGGAUCGGAAUGUGCGAAAUGUGGACUCAAAUGUGGCAUCUGCUGCUUCUACUGCCUCGAGAAGUUCAUACGUUACUUGAACCACAACGCUUACACCAUCAUUACGAUAGAGAGAUGCCAUUUCUGUAAAGCUGCAGCCAGGGCAUUCAGCACAAUAGUGAACAACGCUUUACAAGUGGCCACGAUAAACAGCGUGGGAGACUUUAUUCUUUUCCUGGGCAAAUGUAUCGUGACCGCAGUAACCGGGAUCAUAGGACUGUUGCUUCUGAAACGGAAUUCCGACCUGCAUUUCUUCGCGGUGCCAACCCUGGUUAUUUGCAUAUUCUCAUUCUUCAUCGCUCAUUGCAUCCUGUCUUUAUACGAGAUGGUAGUGGACUCUUUGUUCCUGUGUGUAUGCGAAGAUCGCAAUAUGAACGGAAGCGAUGGGAAAUGGAAGAAUUCCCGCCUCGCCGAGCUCGGGGGGCACAGGCGGGACGAACAAGAUGGUGCUGCGGAACUACAGGACUUACAAGAGAAGUACUGAAUUUAAAUUGUUAAUUUGUUACGCUUUAAAGGCAAAUGUAGUGGUGCCGUUUUUAAAAAAUACAGGUUGUUAAGGUGAACAGGUCUAACUAACCAGUCGCAUUAUAGAUUAUUAGACAAAAAAUUACAGAGCAAUUUUUUUGUUUUGAUGGAUCUUCAAAUUAUCCAUUCCUUUUGCCACUACUGGAACUCAUACAUUUUGCAACUUACAUGUACAAGGAAGAGUGCUUAUUUUUGUUUCUAAAAUUUUAAUGUUUUAAUCGAUUUUGCACUAUUUAAUUAUGUGUUGAAUCUGGUUAAUAAGACGUUUUAGUCUAACAUCCUGUAUAAAGAUAUCUACUUGUCAUGAUUGUUUUAUGGUCAGGUUCAAAAAUGUGUAUUAUAUAAGGUGGAUGUGUUGGUGUAGUAAGAUGCUACUCGUAAAGAGCAUUAUGAAUGUUAUUAAUUCUUAAUUGCAUUUACAAGUAUCUCUUUCAUACGUAAGCAUCUUAGUGCUCCGACAAAACGAUAUUAAAUGUGCGUCUUAUAUUUUUUAUAAUGUUUCGCAUGCAAGAAAUCAUGGUUCUAAAAAACUAAUUUAUUAUUUGGCAUGGUAAUUUGGAAUCUUUAAAUUAUACUUUAUUUUAAACUCUGCUGCGCUUAGUAUCCCUACUACUAGUAUGUAUUUAAGAACUGUCGAGUUUAGUCGAGUCUGAUUUUAGUAGAUUCUCUCGUGGUUGUGGGCGUAGGCUUUAAAAAAUACACCUUGUAUUUUUUAAGUAUAGCUUUAAUUUAGAAAAGCAAUCUUAGUAGGUCCAGAUUUUGAAUAUUGUUGUAAAACGCAGAAAAAUAAGACAAUUUCACAGUGUGAUUUCGAAUUUGCUUUUUUUUGUAAGUGGGUUGCUUCUUUCUUGAUGGUGGAUAUUUUAUAUCUUAUGUAUGAUAAAGUAGCUAUAUGUUAUGUAUUUUUUUUAUUUAUUUAAGUAUUUCAAUGCAAUACUGUGAGCCUGCGAGUGGUGUCUAUUCUUCGUCCUUCACGCAGGUAUGGGCUAUAAUUUGACAACUAAGUAAAUAUCAGGAUAAAUAUUAAUUGUAUUCUUAACUUGAAGCACUAAAUGUAAUUCAAGUUUAAUAGAUAUUAUAAAUUUAGUAAACAGUCAAUGUGCAUGCAAUGUCUUUAAUCUUUUAUCAUCAAUUUGCAUGAGGCUACCGCGGUAAAUUGGGACUUGAUUACUAUAAUCUAAUAAUAUCAAUACACAUUCUUUCAGAUAAUGCUCAAAUCUGUUUCAUCUACGACUCAAUGAAAAUCUUCUUUAUUCAGAUAUAAGCAUAGUAUACAUACAUAUAUUUAAUAAAAUUAGACAUGGCGAUAUCAAAAUGUAUUACAGUUUUAUGAUAAAAUGUUAUAUUGACAAUUUCGUACUUUUGAAAUUUUUGACGAGACUUUUUGUCGUAAGACCACCGAUCGCAUUAAUUAUUAACUUAGUUUUAUUUCACUUUUUUCUUAUAUUAUAAGAACAAUUUUUUUUUAAAUAAAUCAUUUUGAACACUUAACGUUAAAACGUUAAUAAUGCAUUGCACAUCUUUCAAUAUGUCCAUUUUAUAUUAUAUGUAAUGAAUAUAUAUAAAAACUAAAAAAAAAAAACAAAUUUAUAACUUUAAUUACUGUAAUAUUUUUUUAUCUACAGACAUCACACAAAGAAAUCAAAGCAUUUACGUAAUUUAAACGUGUUUUAAGUCGUACUAAUUAAAAAUAUUUAAAAAAGAUUUAAUCUCUCAAAACUAUGUGUGCUUUAAGAUGCUUGUACAAAUACAGCAUUAUUUAAUUUUAAGUCUAAAUGUAAUGAAGUUUUGAAUUAAAUUAUAUACAAUUUUUUUUUAAUUGUUACGCUUAACAUAUACUGUCCAAGCAUUCACCAUGUAUUUUCAUAUUUUUAUAGAUUCUAUUAGAUAGUAAGUUAUAAUAAUAUUUUUUUUAGAAUUUUUAUUGAAGUACAAGUCUUUUCUACGAUAAUCUCAUUGUAUUUAAUUUUAAUUUAUUGAUUAAUUUACGUGAUUACAAUAAGGCCUGAUAUUGUAACAUGCGUAGGAUUAAAAGUGAUAUUUGUAUGAUGAACUGCAUAAA